AUGGAGAAGAAGAACUGGAGGGUCAAGACUGACAAGGAGCUUUUGGAGGAACUGCAACCGUUCCCUCCUCCGUUGGCUGAAUAUGGCAACGAUGACUUGUCAUUACCAAAAGCAACCGUUCAAAAAAUUGUAACCGAGAUCCUUCCGCCGUCCUCGGGACUCGCUUUUGGCAAAGACGCCCGGGAUCUUCUAAUUGAGUGUUGUGUGGAAUUCAUCACCCUGAUCUCAUCCGAAGCAAACGAGAUAAGCGAAAAAGAGAGCAAGAAGACCAUCGCCUGUGAACACAUCACCAAGGCGUUAGAGCAAUUGGGGUUUGGGGAGUACGUAGGUAGCAUUAUGGAGGUGGCGAGUGAGCACAAGGAACAGUUGAAGGGGCGUGAGAAAAAGGCGAACAAACUUGAGGCGAGUGGACUUUCGAAUGAGGAGUUGUUGGCGAUUCAGGAAGCGGCUUUUGCGGAAGCUGCUGGACGUCAUGGGUAG